AUGAGAGCUGCCCAAGUUUUACUAAAUGCAACUAAGAAGAAGAGUGGCAUCUCGGUGCCAUUAGAGCUUGCCCCGCUAUUUGUGGCGAUGGGCGCGGCUGUCUGCUCUGCGGCCUGGUUCUCGUACAAGCACCUCACGUCCGGGGGGCUCCGCAUCAGGGAAAACCCUAACCUAUCUGCGUUGGACAAGGUUCUGCAGCAGAAGGAUGAGUAA